AUGUGUAGAACCCAGUCCGGUGUCGUCCACGGCGGCGUCAAGGAGGACCCUACCAAGGAUCGCGAGCUCCUGCCCGCCAACGUCGUCCCUACCCACUACGAUUUGACCCUCGAGCCCGACUUUACCAACUUCAAGUAUAACGGUAGCGUCAUUAUCGACCUCGACGUCGUCGAGGACUCGACCUCCAUCUCCCUCCACACCCUCGACAUCACCAUUCACUCCAGCAAGGUUACCUCCAAUGGCGAGCUUGUCACUGACAAUGCAACCGUCAGCUCUGACGAAAAGAAGCAAGUCACCAAGUUCGACUUCAAGGGCACCCUCGCCAAGGGCUCCAAGGCUCAGCUCGAAAUCAAGUUCACCGGUAUUCUCAACGACAAAAUGGCGGGCUUCUACCGUUCCACAUACAAGAACAAGGAUGGCUCAGAGGGUAUCCUCGCCGUCUCCCAAAUGGAGCCUACUGAUGCACGCAGAGCCUUCCCCUGCUUCGACGAGCCUUCUCUCAAGGCCAAGUUCACCGUCCACAUCAUUGCCGACAAGCAUCUGACCUGUCUGAGCAACAUGGAUGUCAAGAACGAGACCGAGGUUGGCGCUAAAAAGGCCGUCCACUUCAACACCUCUCCCCUCAUGUCCACUUACCUUCUCGCUUUUGUCGUUGGUGAGCUCAACUAUAUCGAAACUACCGCUCACCGCGUGCCCGUCCGUGUCUACGCUCCUCCCAGCGAGGAUAUUGAGAACGGUCGCUUCUCCCUCGAGCUUGCCGCCAAGACUCUUCCUUUUUAUGAAAAGACUUUUGGUAUCGACUUCCCUCUUCCCAAGAUGGACCAGGUUGCCAUUCCUGACUUUUCCGCCGGUGCCAUGGAAAACUGGGGUCUUGUUACCUACCGCGUUGUUGAUCUGAUGCUUGACGAAAAGGAGAGCAGCAUCGACACCAAGAUUCGUGUUGCCGAGGUCGUCCAGCACGAGCUCGCCCAUCAGUGGUUUGGCAAUCUUGUCACCAUGGACUGGUGGGAUGGUCUCUGGCUCAACGAGGGUUUCGCUACCUGGGUUUCCUGGUACUCUUCCAACUCCUUCUUCCCCGAGUGGAAGGUCUGGGAAGAGUACGUUGUCGAUAACCUGCAGUCCGCUCUGGGGCUCGACUCUCUUCGCAGCAGUCACCCCAUUGAGGUGCCAGUCAAGUGCGCUGACGAGAUUGCGCAAAUCUUUGACUCCAUCUCUUACUCCAAAGGCUCUGCUGUUCUGCGCAUGAUUUCCACCUACCUAGGCGAGGAACAGUUCCUCGAAGGUGUCCGCCAGUAUCUCAAGAAGCACGCCUACGGCAACACCGAGACUGGUGACCUCUGGGCCUCGCUGGCUGCUGCCAGCGGAAAACCCGUCUCUGAGGUCAUGGGCGUCUGGACUAAGGAAAUGGGUUACCCUGUCGUCACCGUCAACGAGAACGGAUCUACCGCCGAGGUCACCCAGAACCGAUUCCUCCGCACCGGCGAUGUCAAGCCCGAAGAGGACGAGGUUCUCUACCCUGUCUUCCUCGGUCUCCGUACCAAGGAGGGUGUCGAGAAUGCUGCGACUCUCGAUGUUCGAAAGACUCAAUUUGACAUUCCUGCCGAUGACUUCUUCAAGCUGAAUGCCAACCACACCAGCCUAUACCGUACAGCUUACUCGCCCGAGCGACUUGGCAAGCUUGGUGAGGCUGCCAAGGCUGGCCUUCUUAGCGUUGAAGAUAGAGCUGGCAUGAUUGCCGACGCUGCCUCGCUGGCUGUUGCUGGUUACCAAAAGACCAGCGGCAUUCUGAACCUGCUCAAGGGCUUCGACUCUGAAAAUGAGUAUGUUGUCUGGAGUGAGAUUCUGCGCCGCCUAUCAGGCGUCGAGGGUGCUUGGCUUUUUGAGGAUAAGGCUAUUCGCGAUGCCCUGAGAAAGUUCCGCAGAGAGCUCGUCAGCCCCAAGGCUCAUGCCCUGGGCUGGGAGUUCAAGGAGACUGAUACCCACAGCGAGGGACAGUUCAAGACUCUGAUGUUCGCUUCUGCUGGAGGCAGCGGCGAUGAAAAGAUCAUUCAGGCUGCCAAGGAUAUGUUUGCCAAGUACGUCACCGGUGAUAAGUCGGCUAUCCACCCCAACCUCCGGUCCUCCGUCUUUACCUUGGCUUUGAAGCACGGUGGUGCCAAGGAGUUUGAUCAACUCAUUGAGAUCUACCGUACCUCGAGCGUCACUAGCGAGCGCAACACCAUUCUGAGGUGUAUGGGCCGUGCUGAGGACCCUGAGCUUAUUCAGCGUAGCUUGAGUAUGGUCUUUGGUCCUGAUAUCAGGAAUCAGGACUGCACAUCUGCUCUUGGAGGUUACCGCGCCUAUCCCCACGGCAUUGAAGCCAUUUUUGAAUAUCUGACCAAGAAUUGGGACCUUAUCAUCAAGAACGUUGGUGACAAUGCGUCGCUGCUGGGAGGCGUUGUUGCUAUCACGACUGGCGGUGCUACAAAGCCCGAGCAGCUGGCCAAGAUUGAGGCCUUUUUCGCCGACAAGAACACUAGCGCCUUUGAUCAGACUCUGAACCAGGUCAAAGAUUCCAUCCGCGCUAGAAUUGCUUGGCUCGAGCGUGAUAGGGACGAUGUUGCGGCCUGGGUCAAGGAAAACGGAUACCUUGUAUGA